AUGAAGCCACCUCACGAUCGCCACAAAGAGCCCAGUAAUAUUCGCGACACGAUUGUAGAGGAGGUCGACCCGCUGGGAUCUUUGAGGGAUUUGGUGCUGAACCACAGGCUUAAUAUACUUUCCCUCCUUCUAUUCGUUAUUCUGCCUUUCAAUAUUUUCCAUCGGCCGGCAGCGGAAGUAGUUUGUUUGGCAUUCUUCCAAAAUGAUGUUUCGAUGUUUGCUUUAGAUAUGACCGAUUACGGCAUAUCUGCAAACCAAGAACAUUUGUAUCAGCAAGCCGUCUCCUCGCGCGGCCACAAGACAACUUACAAUCAACGACAUUCGCUGUCCCACGUCGAAAGCAGUAGCUGGUCAGCGUCUCCUUUGAGCCCGCUGAAACCUGAGGCCAUUCGAGCAAUGCUUGGAUUAAGACGCAGCGGCGUGCACAAGACUGAGCCUCAAACGUCGUGCUCAAAGAUCUGCCUAGGAGUCGUUAGGCUCGGCACCUCAAAUGCGCCGUCUACAGGAGCGAGGGAAACGAAGUGCGUGAUGGAACAAAAUAUCGGAUCGUCUACCUCGGUAGAAAAGAAUAUCGUACUGCAAGUAUCCGUUAGUUCAAUUUGGGGGCACGGGGCAGUCAACCAACUCAAAGUUGGGGCGUCUCUUAUAUCUUCUGUAGUGGUCCAUUGUGACCUCCAACACGAGCAUGUCCCGCCUUUCGCCAUCAGGGCCGCGUACAACCAGCAGGCGCGCAUCCUCAUAGUAGAUCGCAUCACAAUGUUGAAGGUCCUCUUCAAAACCACUAGCAGCAUCGAUGCUGUGCAGAGCACUAUCACCCUUAUCCACAGCAUGAACCUCGUCAUCGUCAAGAUCAUUGUCCUUUGA